GCCCCAGCCCCGCCGGGUCGCUCGCCCCCAGGCCCAGCUCCAGCGCCCGGGCCCCGCGCCCUCGGCGGGCAGCGCAGAGCGCGGGAGCAGUUGGGGCCGGGCAUGCCGGGAGCCCCCGGGGCAGCCGCCGCCGCCACCGCCACCGCCACCGCCACCGCCACCGCGUCCGCCGCCGGUGCGCGCCGCUGACGCGCGGAGAUGAAAUUCCCGGGCUCGGUGCUGGCGUCCGUGUUCCUGUUCGUGGCCGAGACGUCGGCGGCGCUGUACCUGAGCAGCACCUACCGCUCGGGCGGGGACGGCAUGUGGCAGGCGCUGACGCUGCUUUUCUCGCUGCUGCCCUGCGCCCUGGUGCAGCUCACGCUGCUCUUCGUGCACCGCGACUUCACCCGCGACCGGCCGCUCGUGCUGCUGCUGCACCUGCUGCAGCUCGGGCCCCUCUUCAGGUGUUUUGAAGUCUUCUGCAUCUAUUGUCAGUCAAACCACAUUGAAGAACCUUAUGUCAGCAUCACCAAGAAGCGGCAAAUGCCAAAAAAUGGCCACUCAGAGGAAAUUGAGAAGGAAGUGGGCCAGGCAGAGGGCAAGCUAUUCACCCACCGAUCUGCAUUCAGCCGGGCAUCGGUGAUCCAGGCUUUCCUGGGCUCAGCCCCCCAGCUGACCCUGCAGCUGUAUAUAAGUGUCUUGCGGCAGGAUGUCAGUAUCGGACGAGGUAUAUUCAUGGUCCUCUCCCUAUUGUCCAUUGUGUACGGAGCCUUGCGCUGUAACAUCCUAGCCAUCAAGAUCAAAUAUGAUGAAUAUGAUGUCAAGGUGAAGCCCCUGGCCUAUGUCUGUAUCUUCCUCUGGAGGAGCUUUGAGAUUGUCACCCGAGUCAUUGUCCUGGUCCUCUUUACCUCUGUCCUGAAGGCCUGGGUGGUCAUAGACAUACUCAUCAACUUCCUCGGCUUCCUCUUCUACCCCUGGAUCCUCUUCUGGUGCAGUGGCUCCCCCUUCCCUGAGAACUUUGAGAAGGCCUUCAGUCGGCUGGGCACCACCAUUGUGCUGUGCUUCCUCACCCUCCUCUACGCCGGGAUCAACAUGUUCUGCUGGUCGGCGGUGCAGCUGAAAAUCAACAACCCCGACCUCAUCAGCAAGUCUCAGAACUGGUACCGGCUCCUGGUGUACUACAUGGUGAGGUUCAUCGAGAACGCCUUCCUCCUCCUCAUGUGGUAUCUUUACAAGACUGACAUCUAUAUGUAUGUGUGCGCACCCCUGCUGAUGUUGCAGUUGCUCAUUGGGUACUGCACAGCCGUUCUGUUCAUGGUUGUGUUCUAUCAGUUCUUCCACCCUUGCAAAAAGCUCUUUUCCUCCAGUGCUUCUGAAAGCUUUCAGGAGUGGUUAAAGUGUGCCUGCUGUCACCGCAGGCGGCAGGAAUCCUGCGAGUCUGCAGAAAAGACAGACCUAAGGUCACCCGCAGACAGAGAGGAGACCCCUUCUAGCAGUAAAAUAAGUUCCAUGCCCAGCCAGAUCUUGAAUACUGAUGAGCUCUCUUCUGCCUAAUGGGACCUGAGUCUCUUGAGGCCCAGAUGUAGUGUUUGCUGGGUUGAUCCCUGUUCUUCAUGCAACUGAUGGGCCCUGCACAAUUAACAAAGCAGGAAUUUAGCUCUCAGCUCCUUGUGAGUUGCUCCCUUUAGAGAGCUCUUGGGCAGAUGAGUGGGAACCGUGGAGAGAAGUCAGGGGAACCCGUGAGUGUUGCAGCAGCAGCCUAAAGCACCACCAUUCACAGUUGACCAUGUUCUCCCAUAUGUCACUGGCCUUGUCAUUGACAAAGUACCCAUGAUAUCUGAGUUGGCUAUUGAGAGCCGUCACUUAGAAUGAGGACAGGGGAUUUCUUGCGUUCUAGUUUUCUGGACUGCUGGUUUAGUUAGCCUAAUGUUUUAUUAUCCCUGAGAAGAGUUCUCACCUAAGAGCUGUCUGAUGACCAGAAAUGGUCACUGGGGUUUUUUGCCAUCAGCCACAUCAUUCCUGUCAGAGUUCUCAGAGAAGGCUAUUCAGUUUGAUUUUUGAAUAGACAAAUGUUCCAUUUUCAUCUCAUUAGGGCUCUUUGUACAUAACCAACAGUAGCAACCUUGGCCUCCUAUUUCUCAUUGACUCAAAAGUCUGGAUUUGCAUACUGUAUUCUUAAGAAUCCAUGGAUGCAAAAUUAAAUUCUCAGUUUGGUUACGGAAGCUGUAGAGUUUUAGAAAAGUUGUGUUCCUUCAAUAUGUUGGAGAAACUCUGGAUCAAAGGGGUUGUUAAAAUAUCAAAAUGAUUUUGGCUUUUAUAAGCAGAAUUCUUACCUUCUUGUGAUGGUUGAAGAUGUGAAUCUGCUAGAAGGUAGGCUUAACCUCUUCAAGAUUCAGUCCCGUCCUACAGUUUUGGAAAUUCCUAGUAGAAUUGGCUAGGAUUUGUCUUAAGAAAGAAGAAAAUAAAACUCAAGUCUUUAUUCCACCUCUUCCUUGCCUGUCAGGAAAGUUUCAGACAAAAGUUACCUUGGUUAACUUAAGUUCUUCUAGAAAACUCCAUAGAGAUUUCUCACCUAGCACAGGUAUAUAGGGCAUUUUAAUUUUCAUUAUUUGAAGGAGCAGAGUUCCCCCCCUUCAGUUAGAUACAGACUUCAGAAACUUAAAUUUUACAAAGAGAUGGCAUGACCAGAAGAUUUUUAUCUUUAACUGAAUGUACCUUGAUUUGGUACGAUUAUGAGUUAAUUUGAAUAAGAACUUCAAUUUUAUCCUCUUAUACUCUCCUAUCUUCAGUAUAAUUUCUCCUUUAAUUUGGAACCCUGUUUCUUUCAUAAAAGGAUCUGUAGAAUCUCCUCAGUUGUCCAGGGAAAAUGCCUGGAUCUAGUGCCAUGAUUUCUACCAUAAAAACCUUGAUAAUGAAAUAUCUGGGAGCAGGUGACCUGUCACUGGCAAAGCUGGACAUUGCAGGCCAGUCAGGGUUGACAGUCUUAGGACCCUAAUGGCUGAACUUUCUGAACCAUCCAGUUUCUAAUAGCUAGUUUGUCAGGGAACAGGUUAAAAUGGUGAGUUUGUGCAGGAGUUGUGGUCAGAAUUAGACCAGGAUGGAGAGACUGGCACUUCCCCAGCCUUCAUUUGGAAGCCUGUCUCAAGAACCAUUACAAAAUCUGGGCCUUCAAAUACAUUUAAAAUCAUUUUAAUGUAGCAUGUAGGCAAGCAUAUUGAGUGACCCCAAAUCAAACUAACAGUGAUGGUCUGUCACACUCCCAAAGCCCAAUUUUAAGCCACAUUUAUAAGGAUAUUUAUAAGGUUUGGUAACUAAAUUGGACAUUUUGUUAUCUUUAACUCUUCAUAUGCAGAUACCCCCACUUUGGGACCAUAUACAUCUAGUCACUUUGGGGAAAGAAACCACUGUUUUUUUCAUGGCAAAAAUUUAAAUCCUAGUGAACUGAGAAAUUUUUUUUUAAUAAUUUAUAUUAUACCUCUGAAAAAGCAAAAUUAUACAGAACUAGGUUACCCUAAAGACAAACAGACCAGCAAAUCUCCUCCUAUCUUGAGAGUUAGAACGUCUUUUUCAGUUAUAACUCCAAUUUUUAAAACUCUCAGUGCUUUGUCUAAUUAAUUACAUGCCUUAACUUGUCAUAAGAGAUGCACCAACUGAGUCACUAUCAUUUGACUGGAUGGAAGUGAAGUAUUUCCUCCAAAUAUAUUGAAACAAGGUCAUGAAACAUGUUUAGACUUUCUUCAUUCCUGGAGACAGUGCAGUAUAGAGGUUGGCAUCAACUUGAUAACACAGCAAAUUACUUACUUGCUCUCUGCCUCAGUUUCCUCACCCAUCAGAUUUGCAUGAUAUUCUUGUCCCGCCUACCUCACAAGGUUGUCAGCAGAACAAAUUUAAAUAAUAGCUGUGAAAAUGCUUUGAAAAUGUUUUUAAAGUGCCAUGCAUGUUUAAAGAAGUUGUUUUUAUAGUUACUCAAAUCCCGAAACAGGUUAUUGUUUUUGUUUUACUGUUAGAAAAGAAACAAGUAACAUCAUUCACAUGAGUGUCUUCAGGGAAUAUGUCGGCCUUUGACCUUAUGGAAGGACAAGUGUAAAUGGUCUUUACUCUUGGAGAGAACUCAGCAGUUGUUCUUUCCCUUACCAUCAGUUACUUAAAAAAUUAGCACUCAAGCAUAUAGUACUUGGAGGAAAAAGACCCACUGAAAUUUGAGAAAUUGCUUUUGAUAGAAGAUGAGCUUAUCAUUUUUGUAUCUGUCAUGUUUUAUAAAGGAUAUAACAGCAUCUUUUGUUAAUUUUGCUUUACAAUUUGAAUGCCUGAUCCUGCUAGACUUUAACUGAAUGUGGAUAUAAUCUUUUCAGCCUUGUAAAUGGGAAAAAUAAACUUUAAAAUUGAUUGUCAAAUGCAACAUUUCCUUGGAAGCCUCCUUAGAACAUUAGUGCUAUGGUUAUGAGUGUAUGUAUCAGUACUUCUCAGCCUGUACAUUGUGGAUGAGAGCUUUUGCAGGCUGCUUCUCAGCAGCCAUUCACUCUAAUAAAUAUUGUUUAUGUUUCUUCAUAUAAUAAAUUAAUUUUUCAAUUUCUCCUU